AUGAACCGACUACGCUCUUCACGUGCCCCUUCCCCGACACCUACUACUUUCUCCGGAAUCUCUAAUUACCGCACCGAGUCCUAUCGUCCGAUCAAGGAUAAAGGCAAUGUCCCGGCCGUGCCAGCCGUAAAUUCCAGGGUGGUCGCACGCACCCAUUUUGACGAGUUAGCCAGUUUUCUAGUGUCUUAUCUUGUGAAAGUCCCAUUCCUUCCCGUGCGUGAUGAAUUUCAUCCCAAGCGGAAUCAGGCGCGCCAGAAAUUGGCAACGCUACCUAGUGCCAAGUUUGAAGAUCUUUGUAGUGAUGUCUAUUUUGAAAUCAUGAGAAGAUAUCCUGAAUUUACAGAGACGGAGGACCCGGGGGUAGCGUCUCCCGCAUCAGCAUACGAUGAUGUACCUUCGCCUGAAUUCCACACGUCCCCGCGGCCUGACAUGCCCAUACUCCCGCCUAGUGCCCGCACAGGGCGACCAUCCGAAGAUCGAGGCAGCUCACGCGAAGAAGAGACUCGGCCUCGGCGGAGCGAGGAUACUCACGCAUCCCGACGAAAAGCCUCUUAUGACCAAGGGGCAGAUUUUGGCCGAAGACCAAGUGCCUCCGCAAGCAUUCCGGAUGCAACCGCAACGAGCGGGAUGGUAAUCCCAAAUAAGAGCACUAUCGCAGAGGAAGACAUUGAGGUUCCGUACGGGCGGGAGAUGCGGGAGAGCUCUGGAACAGCCAUCGAUACACGUGAGGGCGUCAGGGAGCUUGAUACCACUGACGGUGAACACGAGCACUGGGACCAGCGGGGUGGACUAAAUGGGCUCAGCGCACGGCUGAGGAACGUGCAUACGGAAGAUGAUGAUGCGGGGGAUGUGAGGAGCGACGAGUAUGAUAAAGUCUCUCUAGGACGUGCAUCAGUGACGUCCGAUCGGUCCAUCGGUGGGUCGAGGAUGCCCAGUGCAGCAGGUGAUGAACACGAGCGUUUGAAGCGAGAUUAUGAGUUCAAGAUCGCCACGAUGCAGAGUCGUAUCACGAGUCUGGAACGAGACCUUGAGCAACGGGAGUUGGACACGCAGCAGACGGUACGCCAUUUAGAAGAGGAGCUGGAAGGUUUCCGAAAGCGUGCCGAAGAGCAUGGAUCUGCUAUGAAGGCUCUGAAAAUGGAGCUGGACGAUAUUCAGGAUUUCCGGACAAGAGAAAAGGAACGCGAAGCCAGACGAGCACAGGCCGAUGAGGAAGAACUACAGAUACUCCGUGACCGCUGCGAACGCCUCGAAGAAGAGCGCAGUUCUGGCUUCGGGAUAGACAACAGCGAAAUUAUCGAGCAGCUACGUUCUGAUAUGGAAGGGUUGAUGUCAGAACUUAGCGAUCUGUCACGCAGGAAUGACGAGUUGAUGACUGCGAAGGACUCGGACCUCACUGUAAUCCGUGAUCUGGAUAGCCAGCUCAAAGAAUACAAACGCAAAUACGAGCAAGCUAAAACCGAGCUCAGAAGCGUCAAAGCAACAUCCCAGCUCUUCCUACAGGCGCCCAAGAUGGAAGACCAACUGCCAAUGGGUCCUGACGGGGGUCUCGUCGACAUCCAUGUCACUGCCUUCGUGUCGGCCAUUGAUAGCCUUUUGACAGCUGGUCGUUCUAGCGCUCCGACACGCGUUCUAGUACCGAUGAAAGCCGUCGUUACGUCUACCACAGCCAUUAUCGAUGACGUCCGUGCAUACGAACAACGCCCAUCCCGCGCGGACGUUGACAUCGAUAUCCUACACACUCUCCGCGAGCGUGCCGAGGCUACCCUGACCAACCUUGUAGCUGCAUCCAAGACACAUGCCACUGCAUCUGGCAUGUCUCCUGUGAGCCUAUUGGACGCAGCUGCGAGCCAUGUCUCCGUAACAUUGACAGAGAUCGCGAAGAUGAUCUACAUGCGCAAGGCUAGUCGGGCCGAGCAGGAGGAGUUCAUGUCUUCCUCAAGCUCUGGUUCGCUGUCGUAUCUAUCUUCUGCGCGCUCGACGGAAGACGUGAGACCAAGCUUUGAACGCAAGGGUUCUACCUUUAGCAUAAGGCGCUCAGAAGAUGUUGUAUCGCCCCCUAUGACCGCAGCAUCGCGCUUUGCGGAGGCUCAUAGCAGACGAACACCGUCUGAGCCAUCUAGUUCACUCACAAGUUCCCCUCCGCCCAUAUUUGAUAAGUCUCCUAUCACCAGUGCAUUGGGUGCAAUCAGCGACGAUUCAGCACCGCCUGAAGGCGGCGAGGACGCUUGGUCCGAGCUCAAGCCCUACCUCGAAGCGCAGACCGAGUCCAUCGUUUACGCAAUCCAAAGCGUCCUUUCCGGCGUCCGCAGCCCUGUGCCGCCGCCGACGCUAAACGAAAACCUAACUCAGAUCAUUACAAUCGUGUCGAGUAUCGUCGCCGUUUGCAGCGACAAUCUGCCCCCGGCGUCUGCGCAGCAGGGUGCAGAGCUACUACGGGAGCUAGGCGAACACGCACGGAAGCUGUCUGAGGUACAGACGCUGCCAGAAGUCACGAAGGAAUCGCGGCAGGUCAUGGCCAAAUCGAGCUUUGCGGUCGCGAAUGCGAUGAAGGGGCUCAUGAAGUUGUGA